UCUAUAGUAUCAAAUGAAUCAUUGAUAACAACAACGAGUAAUAUAACUAUUAUUUCAUUUCUUUCUUACAGUUUGUCUAUCAAUGGGAGUCUAUAAUCAAAUUAAUGACAACUUUUUCAUCGAUAACUAACAUUCAAUAAUACAAUUGAUUUAAUAAUAUCUUUUAGUUUUCAAACUAAUCCCAUAAUCAUUAGUUAAUCUCAUCUUUUUAAAGACAAAACUUUUUUAAAGUGUAAUCUCAUAUUACCAUUGAUUUGCAUUGAAUUGGCAUAAAUAGUGAUCAACCGGUGAUUAACUUAAUUAAGACCAAAUGGGAGCCCGUGUUUCGCGCACUGACUAUGAAUGGGUCUAUUCAGACGAACCGCACGCAACUCGGCGUAAGUUAAUUUUGGCCAAAUAUCCGCAGAUUAAAGAGUUGAUGAAAGUGGACACGAACUUCAAGUGGACAGUUCUGGCUAUGGUUUUCAUACAAAUCGUAUCGUUUUAUUUGUUGCGAAACAUGACAUCCUUUUGGCAACUAUUGCUUAUUGGCUACUGUUUUGGUGGUGUUAUUAAUCACUCUCUGAUGUUAGCCAUUCACGAGAUAUCACACAAUCAGGCUUUUGGUGCCUCACAGCCGAUGGCCAACAAAUUGUUUGGAAUUAUAGCCAAUCUUCCCAUUGGUUUUCCAUUUUCGGUGUCAUUCAAGAAGUAUCACUUAGAACACCAUCGAUAUCAAGGCGACGAUAUUCUUGAUACUGACAUUCCGUCACGAUUUGAGGCACAAGUAUUCACAACGACUGCAACUAAAGUGAUUUGGGUUUUUCUUCAGCCUUUCUUCUAUGCUCUUCGACCUCUAUUUGUUCACCCGAAAGAUCCGACACUUUUGGAAUUAUUUAAUUUCGUGAUUCAAAUAACAUUUAACAUUAUAAUUGGGCAAACAUUUGGUUGGCAUAUAGUGUGGUAUAUGAUUGGGGGUUCUCUAAUAGCUAUGGGCUUACAUCCAGUGGCCGGUCAUUUCAUUUCCGAGCACUACAUCAUGUUUAAAGAAAAUGAAGAGUUGGUCCGAAAGUACAGCGGAAAUAAUCUUCAAAACGGUGUUUAUAUAAAUAAUGGUAAACUUCUUAUACCUGAGACCUGUUCCUAUUACGGAAUUUUGAAUGCCAUAACAUUCAACGUUGGUUAUCAUGUCGAACACCACGACUUCCCAUCUAUUCCGGGAACACUCUUACCAAAGGUCCGCCAAAUAGCACCUGAAUAUUAUGACACACUUUGUUAUCACACAUCCUGGACCAAAGUCAUCUGGAAAUACAUAGUUGAUCCCAACAUCGGCCCAUUUGCAAGAGUUAAACGUCCGCACAAAGAUUCACACAAUGGACAGACAUUGAGUGAUAACAUCUGCAAAGAAUCGAAAGGAGCCAAAGAUUAAUAAAUUUUAAAUAAUUAGUUAUUAAUUUAUUAAUAAUUAUUUGUUUUAUUAAUAUUUCAAAUACUAUUACCGUACGGUAUAAU